AUGAUCUCCUUCACCACCGCACUUCUCUUCCUCGCCCUCACACUUUUUCCCCUCGCCGCGUUGGCAGAUGAUCCGGAAGUCACAGUCACACGAUUCGACAAUCUUCCCAGUCGGCUCUUUUACUUUGAAGAUACCCCUGUCAUCCUCAUGCAAGACCCCGUCACACUGACCGUGUACCGUUCACCCGACGAAGGCAAGACUUGGGAAGAAGUGACCGGUAUAGAAGAAGCCCUUCGUCUCGUUCCUCAUCCUCACAACAAUGAAAUGGCUUUCAUUCUCGGCCGGUCGACGACACACUGGGUCACUUACAAUCGUGGUGUCACCUGGCAAUCCUUCACCACUCCUCGCGAAGCCAGUCUUAUCGGCCAAACCCUAGCUUUUCACGCAGAAGAACAUGGUUGGAUAUUAUUCCAAGGCGUGGCCUGUGAAGACACCGGAAGUGGGAAAUGGGGUGGUGGAAAGACUUGCUGGGACGAAACGUAUUACACCUCGGACGCAUUCCGUACGGAAGCACAACUGCUCCUCGCUCAAACGUCCCAAUGUCUCUUCGCCCGAUCUUCACCAGCGUUCGUCAAUGCUCCCCGAGAAAGAGUCCUCUGUGUGGCUUUUGAUCAGAGUAUGAAACCUGGGAGCGGUGGGAUACACAGCUACAAGGAAAGCCGUCUUUACGCUUCGGAUGAUUGGUUUGCAACGAAGAAAUAUGUCGAUUUGGGCAUCGGCAAGAAAGCUCGUGGAGUUGUCGGUCUUGGUGUGGUCAGCAAAUUCAUGGUUGCUGCUCUCAGGGUAUUCGAGGGUGCCGGAGUCGACAUUUCUGCCAGAGCAAAAGGAGGUGAUCCUAUGCAACUCUACGUUUCGACCGACGGUUCCACUUGGCGACAGGCAAAAUUCCCUCACUCGGCCAUGCCUGAUCUACGAGAAAACGCCUACACUGUUGUUGAAUCUACCACUCAUUCCAUCGCUGUGGAUAUUCUCACUUCACCCUCGGCCAACAUAGGAACACUCUUCGUCUCGUCAGAUGAGGGCACGUAUUUUGUCGAGGCGCUGCCAGAUACGAAUCGGAACGAAUAUGGUAUAGUUGACUUCGAAGAACUUGUCGGUCUGGAUGGUGUAGGCAUUGCAAAUGUUGUCUCUAACCGUGAAGAGGUAGUUGGAUGGGGAGAGGCGAAGAAGAUCAAAAGUGUCAUUACCUACGAUGAUGGUUCAAGAUGGAGACCUAUCGAGGCACCAGAGACAAAUAUCAAUGGUGAUGAUUGGUCAUGCGAUCGCACGAACACCACAGCUUGUGCCCUGCAUGUUCAUUCCGUGACUGUUCCCCAUAAUUAUGGCAGGGUGUUCUCCUCAACGGCACCGGGCUUCGUCAUGGCGGUGGGAUCAGUAGGAGAAUAUCUACUUCCUUAUGUAGAAGACUGCGACACUUUCCUCUCCACCGAUGCUGGUCUCACAUGGAGGGUCAUUCAAGAGGGUGCACACAAGUACGAGUUCGGAGACCAAGGCAGUGUACUUGUCAUCGCCGAUGAUGAGGAAGCCACUGAUCACGUACACUAUUCUUACGAUGGUGGCGCUACCUGGACCCAGCUCGAUCUCGGAGUCACCGUCCGCACCUUGCUUCUCACAACCAUUCCAGACUCGACUUCUCAGAAAUUCCUUCUCUUAGGCUCUUCGUCACGCCGCGACUCGGAUGGUGGACGACACGCCAUGAUCUUCCUCGACUUUGCCCCUCUGCGACACCGACAAUGCACAGAUGACGACUUUGAGCGAUGGUACGCUCGGAGUGAAGUGGGUGAGGAAUGUCUCAUGGGUCACAAGCAAUGGUACAAGCGGAGAAAACUUGAUGCGUUGUGUUACGUGGGGCAUAAAUUUGAAGAUCCUGUCGGUCAUGAGGAAAAUUGCCCUUGUACUGAUAAAGAUUACGAGUGCGACUUCAACUACGUCCGCUCAUGUCACGAGUGCGUUCCAGUCGGUCCAGAGGCUGUACCCGCUGGCACAUGCGCAAAACAGGACGACCAAUAUCUCGGCUCGUCAGGCUACCGACUAAUCCCUGGGAACACAUGCGAUCGAGAGUCUGGCGUUAAGAAAGACGAACCAGUGAUGAAAGAUUGUUCGUCGGCCCGACCUGAGAAUGGUCAAGCGAGUCACGUUGUGCAUGAUUUCUCAUCCGAGAUUGUGCAAAGCGCAUACUUCCCUCAAUCUCAGGUCGUACUGUUGCAGCUGGCCGAUUCCACAGUCUGGCAGUCUGUCAACGAAGGUUUCUCUUGGAAACAACUCUACCCCGACGAUACGUUCCUUGGACUCAUGAUGCAUGCCUUCAGUCCUGAACGUGCAUAUCUUCUCACCAACACUCGAAAGAUAUACUACACCACCGACACUGGUCGAUCGUGGUACACCAUCACUCCUCCGAUGGAUCCCAACAAUCUCGGUAUCACCCUUCUCGAUUUCCAUCCGACCAAACCUGAUUGGCUCAUCUUCACUGGCUCCACCGACUGCGGUUCAGCCGUAUCAACCAAAUGUCGAGCAGUGGCGUAUUAUUCCACUGAUCAUGGUCGACGGUGGAAGAAGAUAGAAGAAUACGUACGAAGCUGUGUGUGGGCACGAGACGAGAGACUCAAGAUUGACGAACGUGAAAUCAUCUGCGAGUCUUAUCGGGACAAGAAAGGGUCUCAACUGUCGGGUGAAUACAAUCCUGUGGAAUUCAUCGCUGGAUCGAACUAUUAUUCCAAGAAAAAGAAACUGUUCGACUCAGUCGUGGGAUUCGCAAGUUUCUCCGAAUACCUACUUGUAGCCCAGUUGAACGAAGCCGCCGGGACAUUGACAUUGCAAGUAUCUUUGGAUGGAUAUCACUUUGCAGAAGGACAAUUCCCUCCCACCAUGAGAAUCGAGAAUCGAGCUUAUACGAUACUUGAAAGUAGUACCGAUAGCGUAUUCUUGCAUCUCACCAUGAACAGCGCUCAAAAUAAAGAAUGGGGUCAUAUUUUCAAAAGCAACUCGAACGGGACAUAUUACGGUUUAUCAGCGGAACAUGUCAAUCGGAACUCUGCUGGCUAUGUUGAUUUUGAGAAAAUGACAGGAUUAGAUGGAAUAGCAGUGAUCAACAUAGUUUCUAACCCUACAGAAGCAGAUACGACAGGUCGAAAGAAAAUACAAACUCGUAUCACUCAUAACGACGGUGGAACGUGGAAACCGAUGAAUCCACCACCUCUUGAUUCACUCGGAGAAGAGUAUGACUGUCAUUCUACCUCAUGUUCUCUUCAAAUACAUGGGUACACCGAACGAAGAGAUCCUCGUGCGACUUAUUCAUCUCCCUCAGCGGUGGGACUCAUGUUAGCUGUUGGGAACGUAGGAGAGGAAUUAGCACCGUAUACCGAUUCGGAUAUCUUCUUAACUCGUGAUGGUGGUUUCACUUGGGAAGAAGUACAUAAAGAUGCUCAUAUGUGGGAAUUUGGAGAUUCAGGUAGUAUCAUCGUUUUGGUCAAUGAUGAAGAAGCGGUGGAUCAUGUUGUGUAUACGUUGGAUGAAGGAUUAAGUUGGAACGAAUAUACAUUUGGGGAAACUUUGAGAGUCAAGACUAUACAGACCGUACCGGAGGAUACUAGUAGGAGGUUUUUGUUGUUUGGUACGAGACCUGGAGAAACGGAUAAGACUGUGGUGGUUCAUCUUGACUUUUCUCAGAUUACGCAGCAGAAAUGUCAACUUAAAAUUGAAGAUCCCAAUCAUGACGAUUUCGAAUUGUGGUCUCCAAGUGAAGGGAGAGAAGAAGCUUGUUUAUUCGGUCGACAAACAAUGUAUCACCGUCGGAUCAGAGAUAGGAAUUGUUAUGUUGGGGAAAAGAUAGAACAGCCACGAUCGAUAGUACGGAAUUGUACCUGUACCCCGUCAGAUUUUGAGUGUGAAUUCAAUUAUUAUCGUGAUUCUUCCGGUUCUUGCGUUCUCGUGGAAGGUGCCAUGGCCUUAUCUUCCAAUACGGAAGAAGAACAAUGCACCGGUCUUUCUUCAACAUGGUACGAACGUACUGCAUAUCGUAAAAUACCUCAUUCUUCUUGUGAAGGUGGUCAACGUCCCGAUCGAGGAUCUUCACAUUCUUGUCCUGGACUCAUCGGUGCGCGUCAUGGUGGAUUCUGGAUCACAACCUUGGCAAUAUUACCAUUCUUAGGUGCUGGUAUAGGAGGAUGGUGGUGGUAUGCUCGAUCUCAAACCGGUGCUAUACGUUUAGGAGAACAUAGAGCGUUUGGGGGUGGAGAAGGGAAUGAAACUUUGGACUUCAUCGCUAGUAUACCGAUUUACGUGGUGGGCACGGUGAAAGAAGUUUGGGCUUGGACGAUUAGGAAAAUACCAUUUUUGGAAGAUGUUUUCGGAAGAAGAUUACCUUAUCGUCAAAUACCUAUUGAUGAUGAUGCUGAGAUUUUGGCUACUUAUGAGGAUGAGUAAGGGGUAGGUGGUAGGGUGUGGUAUAUCAUAAUAGGAUGAAUCAUAUUUGGAAUUGAUGAAGUUAGGAGUUGAGCAAGAUAGAUUUAGGAAGAAAGAUGAGUUUUUAUCUCAAGAGGGAAGAGGUAAAGAGGUUUAUACAUGUAUCUAGAAUAAGAAUCAAAAAACAAUGCAUGAGCUAUGACAUC